UAUGCGAGUAAUAUUAAAGGAUGUACUAUAACCGAUAAUCUUUGCACCGAUUGGUCCUCCUGUUAUCCAAUCAAAUGUAGCCAAAUCUCGGGGAAAAGUUGUACACAACUUCUAGUUUUUGGGGCUUUGCUAUGAUUCGUAUGAACCAAAGUCCGUAUUCUACUCAUUACCUGCAGAUUGUAUUUUCAGCAGCUAUUUGUUUAUGUCUGAGUGAUCAUAACUUAAUUCACAGCGAUGUUGCUCUCAAUGACGUUAGUCCAGAAAGAUCCGUGGUUUGGGGUGCUGGGCUGCAGUCUGGGGUUGUGCUGCCCGUGCGAUACUUCUUUAUUCAGGCUGUAAACACUGCAGGAGAAAACUUCACCCACUCGCCAGGAAGGGAUUCCUUCAGAGUAGAAAUUACCUCACGUUCCAAAAAGGAGCACAUCAGGAUUCACUGGGUCAAGCCUUUGGAUCGGAAUGAUGGGUCAUUUCUGAUGAGAUACCGCCUGUACGAGAGCGCCACAGAAGGGCUGAAGAUUGAAGUGUUUCACAGGAAUAAACAUGUAGCUCAGUCUCCUUAUAUUUUAAAAGGGCCAGUGUACCAUGAGUACUGUGACUGCCCAGAAUCAGACCCCCUGCUCUGGCAGGAGAUUAUGUCUUGUCCUGCUGAGGAACUCCAGGCUUCCAGAGACUUCAGCGCCUUCCCCAGUAUAAACCUGCAGCGGAUGUUAGUAGAGGUCCCAAAGAGGUUUGGCCAAAGAGGGGGUAUCGUUCACUACACCAUUCUGAAUAACAAAAUCUACCGGCGAUCCUUGGGGAAAUACACAGACUUCAAAAUGUUCUCAGAUGAAAUGCUGCUUUCCUUGACAAGAAAGGUUCAUAUGCCUGACGUUGAAUUUUAUAUCAAUGUUGGAGAUUGGCCGAUGGAGAAUCGUCAAGUGAAUGACACCCCGGCAGGCCCUGUGCCUAUAAUUUCCUGGUGUGGCUCCACAGAUACCAGGGAUAUCGUCCUGCCUACAUACGAUAUCACGCACUCCACUCUGGAAACACUGCGCGGGGUUUCCAACGACCUGCUGUCUAUUCAGGGAAACACAGGCCCUGUCUGGAGCAAUAAGACAGCGCAAGCCUUCUUCCGAGGGAGGGACAGCCGGGAAGAGCGUCUCAGACUAGUGGAGCUUUCAAAAGAACACCCAGAGCUCCUGGACGCCGGCAUUACAAGAUACUUCUUCUUUCGAGAAAAGGAAGAGGAGCUGGGCACAGCUCCACUUACUGGGUUUUUUGAUUUUUUUAAGUAUAAAUAUCAAGUGAAUGUGGAUGGCACAGUGGCAGCGUACAGGUUCCCAUACCUCAUGCUUGGGAACAGUCUGGUGCUCAAGCAAGCCUCCUCCUUCUAUGAGCAUUUCUACACACACCUGAAACCAGGGAAACACUAUGUGCCGGUUAAACAAAACCUCUCUGACCUCAUUGAAAAGAUUACCUGGGCUAAGGAAAAUGAUGCCAAAGUGGAGAAAAUUGCCAGAGAAGGACAAGCUAUUGCCAGGGAGCUACUGCAGCCCUUCCGACUUUACUGUUACUAUUUCACAGUGUUCCAGAAAUAUGCUAAAUUGCAAGCAAGCAAGCCUGAAAUACGCGAGGGGAUGGAAUUUGUUCCUCAGCCAUCAGACUUUGAUUCUUUCUGCAGCUGCCAAAGAAACAAACAGGAGAAAGAUGAGUUGUAAAUUAACAACCAAUGUUUUUGGUUUCAUUUUCCCCACGAUGUGUGAAUAAAAAUAUCCUAACAACCUGUGAUUAUGUUGAAAAACGGUAUCACUGCGAUAGUACAACACAGAAUACAGAUAUGGUAAAGCAUUUAAUAAAUACCACCAGGUGUUCUAAGAGUGAUACAUGCAUUUACAGUUAGGACGUGCCACAGGCAUUUCUUUUUGUACAGCACAUUAGUUGUUGAUGGUUUCGUUGUCUGUGUACUCAACACAGAAGCAGGCCCUAUUUAAAAUAUGGGAUCUUCACAACAAAGGAAAGCACCUUUAGUAGGUUCUAUCCUGUGGGGAGAAAAAAACUGUUUAGUACUGUAUUUGUCUUUUUUUUACCUUUUUAAAAUAUUGUACACACAUUUUCACAAUAUAUAUUUUACUUCAACUCCAAUUAAAAUGUAUAAAACAAGUG